AUUCUGAUAGGUUUAUAAAUGAUUUUGUUAUGAAGGUUUUGGAGGAUGAGGAGGCGGAGCUGGAAGGUAAGAAGGUUCAAAGGAGAGUCAGGUUUGGGGGCGAAGUGAUAAAGCUGAGGACUCCUGACAGUGAUAUCACCAUAGAGGUGGCUCAGAGUGACAGCUCUGGUGACCAAGGAGGUGGAAAUAAGGGAAGUAAUGAUGGGAGAAUCCUAGAGAGCACAGAUGAGAGUACAGGAGGUGACAGCUCACCAAAACAGCCACCGAAAAGUGAUGAGAAGUUCUCGCAGGAUUGUGGAGGCGGACAGGAGAGGAGGCCGAGGUCGUCGCACAUUCCACUGCCGAUCGUGCCAGCCACUCACCGGCCGCAGGAUCCGCGUCGGAAGCGGCGGCAGAGAUCAAAAUCGCCAGCGGAUCCGUUCGACUUUUCCAUUCCGAACUGUGAUGGCGGCGAGUCUCUGACUUCGAGCUCUGAGGGCGAGCAACAGUGUCGACUGGCUGAGUCGCGGAUACCCAGGGACGAGUGGCAUCGACUGGGGUUCAUCGACGGAUCAGUCAUGGACAACAUUCUCAACAAGGACGAUUGGCGAGGCCGGGUACGUAGUUUAGACCGACUGGCUCUAGCGCUGCGACAGGCUGAGUUCUCGCGAUACCUGGCCACAGUGGGACAGCGAGGUGGUUUGGCACUUCUCUCCUUUCUGCUCAGGUCGCUUCACGAUGAUCGUAGUCAGAGGCUCGUUUCCUCGUCUCUCAGGGCUGCCAGGUCGCUUGUACAGGUUUUGCCAGUUGGCAGCGUACACUCUACGCUCCCCUGCCUGGUGCCAGUGCUGUGCCGCCAUAUUGGCGGGGGCGGUGGAGGCAGUGUGAUGGUGAAACUGGAGGCGGUUGCCGCCCUCAAGACGCUGAUGCGCGUCGUGCGUCCUCAGCCAAUCGUCGACAUACUAUUUGCCGACAAGUGCUUCGGAUCCAGGAGCUCCAAGCAACGGGAAAGCUCACUGCUGUGCCUGAUGUACUCUCUGAUGACAUUUCCGAGUACUGAGUUCAGCUGCGGCAGGCUUGCCAACUGGAUUGUGCGAGCGGCAAGCCGUGAACCUAAGCGACGAGUACGCCAGUCCAUCCUGGAAACGUUGGCAGUACUGGCUCAAUUUGUGCCGCGUUCCCAGCUCAAGGUGGAUAUUGGAGAGUACCCUCCUUCGGAGAGGGACGAGGCCGCCCUUUUUGGAGACGCCCUACAUGCUCGCCUCUCCAGGAAACUUCUGCCCACAGUAUCGCCCGAGGGGCUCAUACUCUACGCCAUCCAGCUUCCUCCUACUCUUACUGGUGCGGAUAUCGAGUGGAUAAUGCGAGGAAGCGGGUCAGUGUCGGCCGGAUCCGCCAAGAAUCGGACCCAGCUGGACAAUGCCCAGAGAGCCUUCAAUUCUCCGCCACAGACUGAAACUCCUUCAAGUAGCGGCUCAUGGAGAAGCCAGGAUAUGAUGGCUGUAGGAGUCGCCAUGAACGGAGUUGGAAGGCAUUUGAACAAUUCAAUGCUUGUUUAUCCCAGCAGUUUGGACGACCAGAAGUCCAGCUUAGACGUGGGUUGGGGUGAUAGCCGCCAUGCCGCUUCAGUCAACUAUGGCGUUGUCCGACCCAUGUAUUUGCGGUUUCAACAAGAUUCCAAUCAUAGUAACACCUUGACACCAGAUGGAUUUUCGCAUAUAGCACCCAGCUACCUGCAAUCUCCAGCCUAUGCGUCGAGGAAACUGUUGGCCACUUCGGCACCGGAUCUGAUGAAUCAAACAUGGCCGCCACCCCAGCAGCAACGCGCGGAAAAUUCGCCAGUACGCAUGCGCAAAGCGGAAACCGCGUUGGACGGUGGCGGUUAUUACGUCACCGCGUCUCCGCCUUACCGCGUCACCGCUUCACCGCCCCACGUCAGCAUAAAUCCUAACAGUCUGCCGCCCCUGGUGGCAGCCAGUCAGGAUUGGCCGCCUCCAAGGUCUACCGCCCCCGGAGGCUACCACUGGAGCCUCAGCUCUAGCUCCGAUAACCAGCAGAUGAUCCAUCAUCAUGCCCAUCAUCACCAUAAUCAUCAUCAAAUGAAUGAUGGAGCUCAAAGGAUAGCCUAUGAGGAUCAGAGACAGAAUCGAUGGUCAAGAACACCAUCCGAGCCAGAUGUCUACCUCAAGAAACAAAUGGGGAGCAGUGGGAUUGGCGGAGAGGAGCUGACACAAAAACCUGUGCUGGCGAGGCAUUACGGUUCACCGCAGACAAAUGGCCACCAGAUCCCCGGACAUCCGACACACGCCGGACAUCCGACUCAUAACGGACAUCCGACUCACGCCGGACAUCCGACUCAUGCUGGACAUUCGAAUCAUGCCGGCUUUGAGUCGUCCUACCAGACUAAGACAGGACCUGGGUCGGCCUCAUUGGCUGAUAACCGGCUUCAUUUGACUGACAACCACCAUAGAGCUGAACGACAACUUCAGGGUCGAACAAGUCAUCCACAGCAUUUUGACAAUCAAACAAGCUUGAAAAGGAUUGAUUUUGCUGCUGAUAGUGAUGAUGUGGAGAAAACCCCAAGGCUGAGACAGCCUCUCAGAUCUGACAAGGAGAAUGUGAAUCAUGAUGCAGUGGACGAUCUAUACGGUGAACAGAUUUUCGAAAGUGGUUCGGACGCGACCGCAGAGAAAGAGCGAGAGAGAGAGACGCAAGGAAGUGACAGAGAGAGACAUAGAGAAACACAAGGGAGUGACAGAGAUGCAAAUGAAGACAGUGGCGGUGGAUUGGAGAGUGACUCACCACCUACACCUCCUCCACCCCCCUCUCCUACCCCCCAACUUCUGCCGCCCCACCUCCACGAGAUCCAUCCCUCCAGGCAGACGCCGAUGCCUCUCGAUAUCGAAAAUUAUCUACAAUUAGGAGCUAAGGAAAUUGCUGAGAAAACCUCUGAAAAGACUGAUGUACAGACUAUUUGUUGCGAUGGAGAUAAAAUUACUGCGAAGCAGAAAAUUACUAGGCCAAAAAUAAAACCUACUUUGAUGCAGAAGGGUGCGGCAAUCAAAGGGAAUGGAAAAUUGGAGAUGACGACAAGUCCCUCUCUCUACCCUGAAUCACUGCCUGCCUUCGAUCACCCCAAGGAGGGGCUCAAUAAGUGUCUCUCCCACAUUGAGAAUAAUGACUGGGAGAUGACGAUCCAAGGCAUGCAGAGCAUGAUUCGCCUGGCGCGUCACCACCCUCACCUGUUGCUCGCGCACACGCAUACACUGGCAGGCGCGCUCAGUCGCCACAUUCGGAGUCUGCGCAGUCAGGUUGCGCGCGCAUCCUGUCAGGCCACUGCACUCCUCUUCCCUCUUCUCGGCAAGCCGCUCGAAAAUGAAUUGGAAGACUUGGCUGGCUCGCUGUUCAACCGGACUGCUGAUACGAACAAGUUCCUGAGGGGAGAUUGCACGCAUGCGCUGGACUGCAUGGUGGAGCACAUCAACCCCAACAAGAGUAUUCCCGCCAUCCUCUCCAAAGGAGCCAAGCAUCAAAAUGCAGUUGUGAGAACAGUUGCGUCUAGACUGCUUGCUGGUCUUUGCGCCAAACUGGGAGCUGAGCGGGUGCUUUCCUUGCCAAAGCAGAUACGAGACUCGAUUCUCAACACUGGAGCCAAACUGCUAACGGAGGGCAGCUUAGAAACAAGGAAACACGCGAAAGAGCUAUUCAGCAUUUUAUCGGCUGAUGCGCGUUUGCCUCAGAUAAUGGCCGACGUGGUCCCCAACAACCUGAUGAGGAACAUUAGUAAAACGCUCAACAAACUACACUGCAACAACAGCUAAUCUACACUCACUGCUCGUCGAGGAGUCACUUUGAACCGUCAGCUUUAAUCGAAAGGAAAGCAAUGGUGCUAUUUUCAAGGAUUACUGACAGUAUCAAUCUUUAAUGCGAAGUGCGGUUCACUUUCAACCGUCAGCUGUGAUUGGAUUGAAAGCAACGAUGUUAUCUUUAAAGAAUUUUGUCAGCUUGAAAUGCAUAUAUCUCACUAUUAUCAUUGAGGCACUAUCGAACGAAAAUAGUUGUUUGUGCAACUAGUGCGCAAAGUGACAGUUUGCUGCACUGAAAGAAACGUUUACGCCCGAGCCGUAGGCGAGGGCGGAAUGGUUUCUUGAGUGCAGCAGAGGAACUUUGCGCACGUAUUUCA